AUGCUGCUGCAACCCCCUGUUCUCCUCAACCAAUUAGCUGCUUUACAUCCACACAAAAGCAAAGUUUGGUUUCCUCCCUGUUGUUUAUGUUUGCAGAAAAGCUCAUUUCUCUGCACUCUGGUCCUCCAAUCCUUAACAUGUGCUAUCUCAUCUUAUGACUCAGGUUCUCGUACCAACAAUUUAUGCAGUCAGAAGAUUCUCACAGGAGGCAAAUUCUGCUUUCUGAAGGUUAAGGCUUCAGCCUCAAAGCGUUCAAGUGAUGAACCAAGAAGAAAACCAAAUAGUCUAUUAUGUGCAGACUGUAAUGGAAAUGGUGCAGUUCCCUGCUCCCAGUGCAAGGGUAAUGGGGUGAACUCUGCUGAUUAUUUCAACGGGAAGUUUAAAGCUGGUGAUUCUUGUUGGCUUUGCGGGGGAAAGAAGAAUAUGCUAUGUGGAAAUUGCAAUGGAGCUGGCUUCAUUGGAGGCUUCAUGACCUCGUCUGACACUUGAAAUUGGAAGCUUAUAUCCAAUAUACAAGGGCACAAUGCAAAAUAUGCUCAUAGCAGAUUAAGUGCCUUGUGAGUCCAUUAUCUGCAAUAUAUACUGUCCUUGUCUGCUUGAACAUGUUCUAGAAUGCAAAGGAGAAGAUUAAAGGGAUAAAUUCAGGUCAUGUAAUUAUUUAGUGCAGGGAUAGGUGGCUGGCUACUUUUCUUUAUCAAUUAUCACAGAGUCAUGUAUGCCUGUGUUAUGUUUUCAAGAAGAAGAAGAAUUGAAGAACGUUCCGAAAGGGACCCUCGUACAAAUGGUGAUAAUUCUCUUGUUCUGUCAAGAGUUUGAGAAA